AUGGCGACUCCAACAACUUUGGCUGAUCGGUCCGUGAUGUCAGCACUCUUCCCUGAAUACGUUUCCCCUCGGGUGUACUACAAACUUCACGCAAAUUCCAAUGUUAAGAAAAUCGCCGCUCGUCUCCAAGAAGACGACGUGCUGCCGUCUUGUACCGGGUCUACCCUGUAUCGCCUGCUGAAGGACACGGGUUUCGAGAAAGAAAAACGGAAUCGCAACUCCUUCCUAACUGAGAGAGAGGACAUCGUCGAGUGGAGGCGGCGGUAUUUGAGGGCAAUCGGAAAGCACAGAGCCCAGAACCGCAAGAUCUACUUCCAGGACGAGACUUGGGUGAACGCCGGCCUUACAGUUGACAAAGUGUGGACUGACAGCACCAUAAAGUCAGCAAGGUUUGAAGCAUGGUUUCUUCAUCUGCUGGACCACAUCGAGCCUAACAGCGUAAUUGUUAUAGACAACGCGGCAUACCACAGCAGAAAGGCUGAAGCAGUUCCCACAACUGCAACAAAGAAGGGCGAGAUCCAGCUGUGGCUCUCUUCCAAGAACUUAGACUGGACUGCCACAAUGAAGAAAAAAGACUUUCUGAGCAUCCUGGCAAUGGUAAAGGAUCGUUACACGAAGUACAAAGUUGACGUCAUGGCUACGGACGCCGGACACACAGUGUUGAGGCUCCCUCCGUACCAUUACGAACUAAAUCCCAUAGAGUUGAUAUGGGCACGAGUCAAGCAGGAGGUAGCCUCCAAGAACAUCACAUUCAAGCCCAACGACGCCGAGCGGCUCUUGAGGGAAGCAGUGGACAACGUAACAGCUGUCCAUUGGCAUGACUGUGUAGAGCAUGUGAAAAAAAUGGAGGCGAAGUUUCGAGAAUGUGAUGUCCCAGAGUUGAACCUCGAGCCAGUCAUCAUACCCCUCGAUGCAAGCGACACGGAGGAGGAGAGUGGAGACGACGACGAGGCUGACGACGAGGAUGGGGGUGAAGAGAUCUUCGGUGUUCAGCCUUUAGAAUGGAAUUGA